CUGGACAGUAGUUCGUGUUGAGCCAGGAUCAUUAAUGGCCACGUUAGUUUUAGAAGCCAUAGAAGGAAAUAAAAUCCGGAUCAUGCAGAAAGUUUCUUUUCCUGACCCGGACACAUCCCGGCCCCAAUAUUCCUCCCCAGAGCGGCACAAGCAGGUGUCUUGAUGGCGGUCACCUGAGACGUCUGGGCCACAAGCGGCGUCCUGGGACCCCCACACACCCCUGCCAGUCCUUCCCUGCAUUGCCGACCUUCUCUGUAUUAGCUUUGAUUCCUCGGGUGACAGUCCUGAGGGUUCUGCCUCCCCUGGGGUCGGCGUGGCCAGCUCGUAGGCUCCCCGCGGUCCAGCCCCACUGGUGUGUGCCAGGUCCAGGCAGCAGCCUGGAAUGUUUCUUUACAGCCAUUUGCAUAGGUUGCAGCAUUUGUUUUCUAUCAAGUGUAAGAUGGGAUUUUGUACUGAGAGGCCUGUGUUUAUAGUUCCUGGCCAGUUCCUACUUUGUCUUGAAAGCUGCAUUUCAGGUUGGCUUCCUUUGCUGGCCGUGAAGGUGACCAGCAGUACCUGCGUGGAUGCGGUGGGGACGCCAGCCGGCCCUCCUGUGUUGUGUUCACCAGGGUUCAACAGUGUGAGAAACAGGAGCUGAGGGACCACCUAUGCCACCCCCCUCUUCAGCCACGGCCACCUGCGAGACUGGGAUUGCAGACCCGCCUGGAAAUGGAGCAGGGACUGCUGCUGCCAGUCAUGUCCUGAGGACCAGACACUCCCCUGCACACGCGCUGCUUCGACCCUGCCCCUAUCUGUAUCAAAUAAAGAGUCUUCUUAGAGGUCCUGCCCUCUCCGUUACUGGCCCUGCUCUCUCUGCCACAGGCCUCCCACUCCUGUCGCCCCCUGGCAUGGCACUGCAGCGCCUCACCCUCCUGGCUGGCCUUCUGGUGAGAGUCGCCAGCAAGUCCACGGAGAGCGCGGCCCAGCAGCCCGAGUGUUGUGUGGACGUGGUGGACAUCAACGGCACCUGCCCGGGCACAAGCCUGUGUGGCCCAGGCUGCUACAGGCGCUGGAACGCAGACGGGAGCGUCAGCUGCAUCCGAUGCAGGAACGGAACCUUCCCGGCCUACAACGGCUCCGAGUGCAGAAGCCUAGCUGGCCGGGGAUCGCAGUUCCCCAUGAACAGAAGCGCAGGGACGCCUGGGCGGCCAUAUUACGGAGGUCCUCACGUGGCGGCCUCGCUCUUCCUGGGGACAUUUUUCAUCAGCGCGGGCCUCAUCCUCUCCGUGGCUGGUUUCUUCUACCUCAAGCGCUCCAGUAAACUCCCCAGGGUCUUCUACAGAAAAAACAAAGCCCCAGCCCUGCAGCCUGGCGAAGCCGUGGCGAUGAUCCCCCCACCACAGUCCUCAGUGCGGAAGCCACGCUACGUCAGGCGCGAGCGGCCCCCGGACAGGGCGAGGGAACCCGCUGCCUUCCCCUCAGUGGAGGCCCGCAUCAGCAAUGUCUGACCUAGAGGCCAAGAGGCCACCACCUGCUGCAGCAGCACAGGCCUGAGGCCGGACCCUUGGAGGAGCCCAGCAUGGGAAGGGCCAGCGUCAUCUGGGGCUCAAGACAAGCUGGGACAUGGGCCCUGGCUCUGUGUCCCCACCCCCACCCAGCUGCCUGAAGGUCCCUCCUUCCCAGCACAGCUGGUUGGUCUGACGGACUGGGCGCAGGCGUCCACGAGGUCUCAGGGCUCAGGAGGGAGGCAGUGCAGGGUCUAGGCCCUUUAGGAGACAUAGCAAGGUCCCUGCAGCAACAGCCAAGAUAGUCCUGGCCCAAACGGCCAAAACCGCACAGCCCGCAGGGCCAUUGGCUGCUCUGCUCCUGGAAAAGCCAGGGGUCUCAGCCGCUCCGCCCUCUGGACCCUGUGAUGGCAGGAGCCCUCUAGCACCACCAGGCCCAGUGGCCCUAAGACCCUCUCAGAGAAGUGAGGCCAGGGCCUGUGUAGUGUUCUAGCCAGUGCCUGGCCAUCAAGGAGGCGGUGGCCUGGGAGUCAGCUGCUGAGACUGAGGCGCCUUCAGGGCUGUCCUGCUCCGGCCACAGCCGAGACCCUCAGGCUCCCGACCACACGUUCCCAGGAGCUGCAGAAUCCAGUUUCCCGGCUUCUGUUGACUCCUUUCUGUUUCUAAGCAGAACUUCAUUGUGCAGGAAAGUCCUCUGAUCCCCACACCCUGGGCCCCACCUGGCAGAUCCUCAUCCACCCAGGGCUGGGCUCUGGGCAGUGACGCCAGCUUGAGGCUGCUGCAGCCCAGGGCCAGGCACUCACGGUGACACGUCCACCCAUGGGGCCCCUGCACCCAAACGCCAUGGGUCACGGGCCUCGCUGAACCAGCCAGGGGCCAUGCUAGCUGGUGGUCCGAGUCUGGUGGUCCUGUGCAGGCUUCCCAGACCCGCCAGGUACUGCUCUGUUUCCAGCUUGGCUGGUGGCAGGUGGCCUGUGGCUUCUGUGGAGAAAGGAGACUGUGGCCACCUUCCGAGCACUGGGCUCAUCUGUUGGGCCUGGAUCCCGGUGAAGACUGUCUUUGUCUCCUUUAAUGUCUGGUGCAUGUUGGAGGGGCCUGAGAUGGGGACUAUGCGGCUGGCCUGACCACCCGGAGGUCUCCCACGUUCCUCUGCACCGCAGUACCCGUUUAUAUCAUGGUGGCAUUGACAGCAGCUCGCUCAGUGAUUCCAUGCAAAACUUGAGUGGGGUGGCGGUGUUGAUGUAAAGUUGGCGCCAAAUAAACUGUUCAGAGCUUUUCCCCUCCA